AUGGCAAAUCUGCGAGUUUUCGACAAGGAUUCGGACUCCGCCAAGCGCGUGACUCUCUACCGAGACACCGCAUCUUGGUGCCCAUACUGCCACAAGGUGUGGCUUCUCCUUGAAGAGAAACAGAUUCCCUACAACGUCAAGCGGGUCAACAUGGCCUGCUAUGGCAACAAGCCACCGGAAUUCCUUGCAUUGCAGCCAAACGGGCAGAUUCCAGUGGCCGUCAUCGACGGCGAAGUAUUAAGGUCAUCUGACGCCAUUAUAGAGCGUAUACUGCGCAUGAACGGCGCGAGCUCAGAGGUUGAUCAGUCCAUAGACCCCUUUGACGAUGCUCAGAGUACGAAUCUGCUUCGCUUGGAGCGGCAGCUCUUCUCAGCCUGGCUGGGGUGGCUGUGCCGUGGUGGGGGGCGACCCGACUUCGAGCGAACCCUGCGGAAGGUCGAGGACACCCUGAGCUCCAGGAGCAGUGGGCCGUACUUUCUCGGAGAUCGCUUCUCGCUGGUUGAUAUCAUGUGCCUCAGAUCCAAAAGUGGAGGUAGACACCCUGGUGGAGGAUUGCAUCACGUUGCCUUGACGCACCUUUGGUGGAGUGAGUACUUCGGUUUACCUUCCGUACCUGCCCUUUGA